UUUCUUUAUUUAAAUUUUUCAUUCAAUUGCACAUUUUUUUGUUUUAAUUUUUUCGCAUCCGUGUAUCACUACGCCGAUGCUGUCAUGGAAACUGUUUAUACGGAACUACUUUCGGAAGUUCACUUGUCAGUUUGAUCCGCUGGAUUUACCGGCAAGUUUAAAGAUACGUGACAUAAUUCAUUUUCGUUAUUUUAUUCAUAUUUCUCAUAAUAAGUAAGUCUAAAUUUUUCAUUAAACGCUAUAAAAUAUCUCAAAUCAAAUUACUAACUAUUAUAAUAUUCGCUUGCACCGAAGUAUCGAUUAGCGUUCGCGAGCAACUGCAAAGCAGAAUAAUCUAUUGCUCGUUGGUGUUUGAGGGUAUUCCUAUUUGAAAAUGUUUUCGCGCGAUAGGGACCAUAGUAGAGGCCGUAGAGGUGGUAUUGCUAGAGGUAACAUUAGGGGUGGUGUUGAAAAUAUUCGUGGGAACAGUAUUAAUAGGUUUGGUGGACGUGGUAGAGGAACUACUAAUAAUAUUCGUGGUAGUAUUAAAGGCAAACAGCCUGGAGGGACUCUUAGAAAAAUCGUUUGGGACGUGAGAUCAUUAGAACCUUUGCGUAAGGAUUUUUAUAUCGAGCAUCCUGCAGUUAAAAACAGAUCAAAGGAAGAAGUGGGCCAAUUUAGAGAAAAUGCUGAAAUAACUGUGAAGGGCGACAAUAUACCUAAUCCUAUUCAACAUUUUGAAGAAGGAAAUUUUCCUCCUUAUGUGUUAGAAGUUAUACAUAAACAAGGCUACUCUCAACCUACAGCAAUUCAAGCACAAGGAUGGCCUAUUGCACUCAGUGGCAAAGAUUUGGUUGCCAUUGCUCAAACUGGAUCUGGAAAAACACUUGGAUACAUCUUACCAGCAAUUGUACAUAUCAUACACCAACCAAGACUUAGCCCAGGUGAUGGUCCAGUUGCUUUAAUCUUGGCUCCUACAAGAGAACUAGCUCAACAGAUUCAAGAAGUAGCUAAUUGUUUUGGAGAAUCAUCAGGUGUUAGAAACACCUGUAUUUUUGGUGGUGCACCUAAAGGUCCACAAGCACAUGAUUUAGAAAGAGGUGUUGAAAUAUGUAUUGCUACACCAGGUAGACUUAUUGACUUCUUAGAAAGAGGAACUACAAAUUUGCGCAGAUGCACAUAUUUAGUACUAGAUGAAGCUGACAGAAUGUUAGACAUGGGCUUUGAGCCUCAAAUAAGAAAAAUAAUUGAACAAAUUAGACCUGAUAGACAAGUCUUAAUGUGGUCAGCUACAUGGCCUAAAGAAGUUCGAGCUUUAGCAGAAGACUUCUUAACUGAUUAUAUGCAUCUUAAUAUCGGUUCUCUAACUUUAUCAGCUAAUCAUAACAUUAUUCAGAUCGUGGAUGUUUGUCAAGAGUUCGAAAAGGAUUUAAAAUUGUAUAGAUUACUUCAAGAAAUAGGAAAUGAGAAAGAAAACAAAACGAUCAUUUUUGUUGAAACGAAACGGAAAGUUGACGAUAUUACAAGAAAUAUAAGACGAGAUGGAUGGCAAGCAUUGAGUAUUCAUGGUGAUAAAAAUCAACAAGAAAGAGAUCAUGUAUUGCAGGAAUUUAAAAGUGGAAGGGCACCUAUUCUAGUUGCAACAGAUGUUGCUGCUAGAGGUUUAGAUGUGGAUGAUGUCAAGUAUGUAAUAAAUUUCGAUUAUCCGUCGUCAUCAGAAGAUUACAUACAUAGAAUUGGCCGUACCGGACGAAGAAGACAAACUGGUACUGCUUACGCAUUUUUUACAACCCACAACAUGAAGCAUGCUGGAGACCUAAUAGAAGUAUUAAGAGAAGCUGGACAAAAUAUAAAUCCUCGACUUACUGAAAUGGCAGAAUUAGCUAAAUCUGGAAAUCCUGGAAAUAGAAGUGGAAAACGGUUCAUGGGUACUGAUAGAAUUAGUGGCAGAAGAGGUAAUAAUGAUAAUAGGGGAAGAGGCAUUUCUGCAAGAGGAAGAGGUCUUGUUGGUGGUCGUAGCGGGAAUACUUAUCAGUCUACUUCAAGUAGCUAUUCAGGUUCAGAUUAUAGCGGUUAUAAUAAUACAAAACAAGGUAACACAAUUCAUCAGAAUACAGGAUACGGUUAUAAUACACAAAGAACAUAUGGACAAAGCAGCUUAGGACAAAGUUAUGGAGGAGACAAUUAUGGAAAUACCUAUCAAUACAGAGGUACAACGUAUUAAAACUAUGUUAACAGUAUUAAAAAAGAAACAUUUCAUUAAACAGUGUUAAUAGUCGUACACUUAGUUAAAUUUGUGUUAAAAAUAAAAUAGAAUAAAAUAAAAAAUACACAGAAAAUGGAGUGGAACCAAAGUAUAUACGCAAUUAACAAAUAUAUAUAGAAUUAGUGUGAUAAUGGUCAAAAUAAAAUUUGUUAAAUGUAU